AUGCGACGAGCUCCUCUUUCGAGAAUUUCCGUCUAUUCUACCCACCGCAAUCUCUCAAGAUCCUGCCCCGCCCUAUCUGCCAAACCCGCUGCCAGCGACCCCUCGAAUCCUACCUCAGAUACCUCUCCGAAAUCCAAUGACGAAAAAGAACUCGGCCCCCUGACACGUCGCCUUCAAGAGGCAACCGAAGAGGCCCUGUUGGAGGGAGGGCGAGCCGGCCGUCGCGCUGUGCUCGAAGAUGCCGGAUUCUCCGAAGAACUCAAAGCCAAACUGCUGAACAAACUGGCCGAUGCCAAAUUCCAAGGAGAAUACUCAGCCGCCGCCUCGGUUCUUGCCCACUCGAAAAUACCCGAUUCCGCCGGUCUAGGUACAAGAUCCAUCGCCGCAGCGCAGCCCUGGACAGGCACCGAAUCGACCGAAGAUGCUGUGUUACGAAUGCUCAACGACGCCCACAAGCCAUUGGCCCCCGGGCUUCGAGGUAAAAGCAAAAUUGUCCCCGAGCCAGUUGACAUGCGAUUUAAAACAAGAUCAAAUGUCAGCGCUGGGCAAAGAGCAGCCGAGGCGAGGGACAAGGCUUCCUUGUACACCUCUCUCUCAGGGGACAAACAAAAGGAUGUUGGGUUGAGCGAUGAAGAAAGAGAAGCUAUGAAGCGGGAAUUCAGGGAGCGCUUUACUCCCGGGGCACGAGCUAUGCCCAACACCAUCACCGGGCUUGCGGCUUUGGCUAAUGAGCGCAUCGAAAACGCCAUUGCCAGAGGGCAGUUCAAACACAUCCCGAGAGGCAAGGGAGUCGAAAGAGACACGAGGGCGGAUAAUCCGUUUAUCGAUACGACAGAAUACAUAAUGAACAAGAUGAUCAAACGACAAGACCUUGUUCCGCCGUGGAUAGAAAAACAACAAGAGUUGCUAAAGACGGCUACAAAUUUCAGGUUGGCAAUACGGACUAAUUGGAAAAGGCACAUGGCGCGCAUGAUAUCUGCCAAGGGAGGCAGUUUGGAGGAGAAGUUGAGACGGGCGAGGGAGUACGCAAGAGCAGAAGAGGUGCACAACCCAAGGAGAAAGAGAAAGGUGGAAGAGAUGAGUGUGUCGACGAACUCGACGGAUGAUCCGGUGAUGGUGAAGAUGAGGCAGCAGGCUGCUUCGGAUGCCACACCGGUGACUGAGGGAGUAAAAGAAUCGACGGAAGAAAACAUGCCCGUCGGCCGGCCAUUCCGAGAUCCGGCUUGGGAAGCAGCCGAGAGGUCAUACAUGGAGCUCGCCAUCACCAACCUAAACACUAUCACCAGGUCAUACAACUUGAUGGCGCCGGAGCUCGCCAAGAAGCCGUAUUUCUCGCUGGAAAGAGAACUCAACAGCUGUUUCGCGGAUGUGGCGCUGCAGGUGGCGGAGGAAAUCAAGGCGAGGGCAACAGCGCCGGCAAAGUCAAUAGUCGAUUAUAACUUUCUUGGUAGCGGAAAGCCACUACAGAGAGGGGGGCUUAGGGGGACCUUUGGAAUGGGCGAACAGAGCCGGGUGUGGGAGCGUAAUGAACCGAGGUAUGGGUUCAAGGAGUUUUGGAAAGAUUUGUUCAAGAAGGACAAGUAG